UGUAGCUACUGUAGAGCUAGUAUAGAAAGGUGUAAACUACCUUAAGGGGGCUGUUUAAGCUUAUUAUUUUGCCAAAUACAUAACUUGUUUAAUUAGUUAGUCAUAAACCGGGAAGAGACAGACAUGUACAGACACAUGGCGAGGAGCGUGUGCAGCGGAGGAAGAGUGUGUCCUGUCUUUGUGCCUCCUUUUACCCCGUCAUCAUCAUGGACGAUGAGAAACACGACAGAGGAGAGACACUACAGGCUGUCUGAUCCCCGUUGGCAGUGUCCUGUCCGCUUUAUGAGCUCUGCAGCCCGUAAGAGGAGAUCUCUGCGCAGUGCCUUCCCAGUGCUGGAGCAGCCCCUCCAGCCCAUCCAACGACACGUGUAUGAAGCAAACCUCCGAAACAGCAACGCCUGCCACAAGAAGUAUGUGGAGUUGAGUGAAAAGGUUAGAAAAGGUGGAGGGGAUAAUGCGGUAGCCAGACACACUCUGAGAAACAAAAAGCUGCUGGUCAGGGAUCGCCUGAGGCUCCUGCUGGAUGACGAGGACUUCCUGGAGCUGUCACCGUUCGCUGGUCUAGGUCUGCCGUACGGAGACAUCCCUUCAGCCGGCUGCCUGACUGGCAUUGGCAGGAUCAACGGACUGUGGUGUGUGUUUAUUGCCAACGAUGCCACGGUGAAGGGCGGCACGGCGUAUCCAAUCACAGUGAAGAAGCAGCUACGUGCACAGGAAGUCGCAAUUCAGAAUCGCCUGCCCUGUGUUUACCUGGUGGACUCGGGUGGAGCUUUUCUUCCUCUGCAGUCAGAGAUCUUUCCCGAUAAGAACCAGGGUGGACGGACGUUUUAUAAUGAAGCCAUCAUGUCAGCCAUGAAGAUCCCGCAGGUAUCAGUGGUGUGUGGCUCGUGCACGGCGGGUGGAGCUUAUAUCCCAACUAUGGCAGAAGAGGCAGUGAUGGUGCACCGGAUAGGGACCAUAUUCCUGGGCGGGCCGCCCCUUGUGAAGGCCGCCACGGGAGAGGAAGUCACACCAGAAGACCUGGGAGGAGCCAGACUUCAUGCAGAAGUGAGCGGCUGUGUGGACCAUUUCGCCUGGGAAGAGAAGGAGGCGUACGAUUGCACCAGAAACAUCAUCUCUACGCUCAACUUCCAACUUCCUGAUGAAGAGGAGGAGGAUGAGGAGGCGACUAAGAGGAGGAAAAAGGAGGAGGAGCCUCUGUACAGCUCAGAGGAGCUCCUGGGGCUCGCUCCAAGAAGUUACAACUACAGUCUGGAUGUUAAAAUGGUAGUCAGUCGGCUGACAGACGGGAGUCGCUUCCAGGAGUUUAAAGCUCGCUACGGGACCACACUCAUCACCGGCUUUGGAAAGAUACACGGUCACCUGGUGGGAAUCAUAGCCAACAACGGAGAGCUGUCAAACGAGGCCGCGCUGAAAGGAAGCCACUUUGUGCAGUUGUGUGACCAGAGAGACGUCCCGCUCCUCUUCCUCCAGAACACAGCACCCGCAGCAGCUCUGACGCUCUCUCUAGCACAGGCAGAAACAAACACUAACCGUCUGAAGGCUCAGGGGUCGAUGAUGUCAGCAGUGGCAUGUGCCUCAGUCCCCAAAAUCACUGUUGUGAUUGGUGGUUGCCACGGUGCCGACAGCUACGCCAUGUGUGGACGAGCCUUUGAUCCUAAUUUCCUGUUCCUGUGGCCAAACGCCAGAGUGUCGAUGGCGGCUCCUGGUCACUCCGACUCUCUGCUCUCCUCAAACAGUGAGAAGCAGCAGCAGGAGGAGGAGGAGGAGGAGCAGAAGAAACAGGAGGACAAGUUAAAUAGGAAAUUAAAAGAGGAGAGCUCAGCCUUCUUUUCCUCGGGCCGGCUCUGGGACGAUGGAGUCAUUCUGCCUCAGGACACCAGGAUGGUUCUCAGAGACUGUCUGGACAUCAUCCAACAGAAGCAGUAUCAGAUCUCCACAGAGAAACUACAGUCGGCUGUUCUGCGUAUAUAGAGAAUCAUUACCUCCUCUGGACAAAACAAACCUCUGUAUAUCUCUUAAUGGAGCAAUAUGUAAGAUAUCUAGUGAAUGAAACCAUACAAUGACCUUACUAUAUGAUCAGACAUUAAGGAAACAUGC